AUUUAUUUAAUCUCAUAAAAUCAGCAUAUUUUAAUGGUUAUUAUAAAUCAAAUUUAAAAUUUUCAUAUAUUAAAUCCUUCUAAUACUGUCAGAAUGGAAGAUGGAUGCCCGCCGUGAGUGAUGUACCUCGGUAUUAUACGAUUUUUAAACCGUAUUAUACCCGGACAUGACUAUCUUAAGCGGUGCGGUAUGGCAUUCUUUUAUUUUUCUUUAUUUUUUAUUCACGAAAGAUUAUUACACAACUAUAAUGCAAUGUACAGUUAUACUGAACUUCAGACCAUUUUAAAAAAAACAAAUUAUAUAUAUUUAUUUAAAGACGUAAAAUUUUGGUGAGAAAAUUUGGAAGAAUAAAUAUGGAAUGAUUCAAUGUAAUUAAUAAAUA